CAUAUAUUUCACUAGCCGUUGUAUUUGAAAAAAUUUAAGAGUGUAUUUUUCAGACAUUGUUCCGUUGUUUCCGUUUUAAGGCAACAUUUUAUUUCUUUCCUUUUUCUGCUUCUUCUCUUCUAAUUACAAUUUACCUGAGAGAAAUAGAGAUAAAGAGGAGAGAGAAAGUAGAAUUAGUAAAUGAAGUUGUUCAUCAUCAACGAAGAGAGUUAAAAGAAAUUCACAAGAAUCACUCCCCUUUUUUUGUUCUUUUUGAGGGGGUGCAUUUAAUAGGGAAAAAAAACAGUUUGUGGGUUUUGAUUGAAUAUUUGUUAAAGAUGAUGACUGAUGAAAAUCAAAGUAAUGUCAAUUUACAAGAUACCAGAAAAUUUGGGCAUGAUACAAAAAGAACUAGAAGAGCUUUGGGUGUAAUUAAUCAGAACUUAGUUGGAUCUCAGCAUCAUCCUUGUAUUGUCAACAAACAACCAAACUCCCAAAAAUGUGUGAUUUAUGAUGAGAAUAUCCCCAAUCCUAUUCCAAGACCAAUCACAAGGAAAUUUGGUGCUUCUUUAAACCAACAAUCUUGUUCACAGGAAACAAAAAAAUCCGACAUUUCAAUUCAAAAUUCAAGUGAAUUUGAAGAUAUUAAAAUCAUAGAUGUGGAGUGUACGGCAGCAACAGAUUUACCAGUUCCAAUGUCCUUGGAAAAUCCUGCAGCAGCACCAAUUCAAAGCAAUGAAAUGGAAGAGGUUGAGAUGGAAGACAUAUUUGAAGACCCAAUAAUGGACAUUGAUGGCCCUGAUGCCAAAAACCCACUUGCUGUUGUUGAUUAUGUUGAUGAUAUUUACUCUUAUUAUAGAAAAAUGGAGGCUUGCAGCUGUGUCCCACCAGAUUACCUAUCACAGCAACAUGACAUUAAUGAGAGAAUGAGGGCCAUACUCAUUGACUGGCUUGUUGAGGUACAUUAUAAAUUUGAAUUAAGGGAAGAAACUCUAUUUCUCACUGUAAGUCUCAUAGACAGAUUCCUAGCUAGGCAUACUAUGGUGAGAAAGAAGCUUCAAUUAGUGGGUUUAAUUGCAAUGCUCUUAGCUUGCAAAUAUGAAGAAGUUUCUGUCCCAGUUGUUGAUGAUUUGAUUUUCAUUUCUGACAAAGCUUAUACUAGGCAAGAUCUUCUUGAAAUGGAGAAAAUAAUGCUAAACACACUACAAUUCAACAUGUCAUUGCCAACACCAUAUGUUUUCUUAAGAAGGUUCAUGAAAGCUGCAGAAUCUGACAAGAAGCUUGAGCAGCUGUGCUCUUAUUUAAUCGAACUUUCGCUUGUGGAGUAUGACAUGAUCAAAUUCCCACCUUCAUUGUUAGCAGCAGCUGCAAUAUACACAGCACAAUGUAGUCUUUAUGGCUUUAAACAAUGGAACAAGACCUGUGAAUUCUACACAAACUACUCAGAAGAACAGCUCUUGGAAUGCUCAAAGCUUAUGGUCACCUUCCAUCAAAAGGCAGGAACAGGGAAGUUAACUGGGGUGUUUAAGAAGUACUCAACUUUAAUGUUUGGUUAUGCAGCAAAAUUUAACCCGGCAACUUUUCUCCUCAUCAGUUGAGUCUAAGAAGAAAAGAUAGUGUAUAGUUACUUACUAUACCAGAAGUUUGGUAAUUUACAAUGACAAAUGAACAACUAGUCACAUUUUAUUUUAUGGUGGUCUAAUUUGACAUGGCUAAUAAUCUUGAUUGGCUUUUAGAUUUUACUUCUGACAUUUUUACCACCUUGGUCAGUUUCACAUGUUUCACGUCCACUUGUAUAUUCCCAUAUCAUUCAUUUUAACGAGUGUUUGGUUUAUAUAAGGGAAGGGAAACGAAAGGGAACAUAAUUAUAUUGU